AUGGCUGAGCAGUUGAUUCUCAAGGGUACCCUCGAGGGCCACAAUGGCUGGGUCACCAGCCUGGCUACCUCCAUGGAGAACCCCAACAUGCUCUUGUCCGCUUCCCGUGACAAGACUCUGAUCAUCUGGAACCUCACCCGUGACGAGUCCCAGUACGGUUACCCCAAGCGCUCUCUCAAGGGCCACUCCCACAUCGUCUCCGACUGCGUUAUCUCCUCGGACGGCGCCUACGCCCUGUCUGCCUCUUGGGACAAGACUCUCCGUCUUUGGGAGCUUGCCACCGGCACCACCACCCGCCGCUUCGUCGGCCACACCAACGACGUUCUGUCCGUCUCCUUCUCCGCCGACAACAGACAAAUCGUUUCCGGCUCCCGCGACCGCACUAUCAAGCUCUGGAACACCCUCGGUGACUGCAAGUACACCAUUUCCGAGAAGGGUCACUCCGAGUGGGUUUCCUGCGUCCGCUUCAGCCCCAACCCCCAGAACCCCGUCAUUGUCUCCUCCGGCUGGGACAAGCUCGUCAAGGUCUGGGAGCUCAGCACCUGCAAGCUGCAGACUGACCACAUCGGCCACACCGGCUACAUUAACACCGUCACCAUCUCUCCCGACGGCUCGCUCUGCGCCUCCGGUGGCAAGGACGGCACCACCAUGCUGUGGGACCUCAACGAGUCCAAGCACCUCUACUCCCUGAACGCCAACGACGAGAUCCACGCCCUUGUCUUCUCCCCUAACCGCUACUGGCUCUGCGCUGCUACCGCCAGCAGCAUCAUCAUCUUCGACCUUGAGAAGAAGAGCAAGGUUGAUGAGCUCAAGCCUGAGUUCACCGCUGUCGGCAAGAAGAGCCGCGAGCCCGAGUGCGUGAGCUUGGCCUGGUCCGCCGAUGGCCAGACCCUGUUCGCCGGUUACACCGACAACAUCAUCCGUGCCUGGGGUGUCAUGUCGAGAGCAUAA